AUGUUAUCGCUAGAUGUAGUUGAAGGUCAACCGGAUUAUACUGAGAUGAAGGGAAGAAAUUCCGAUUCUCACCCAACAGAAGAUGGGAGUUGUCGUAUUGUAAGAGUGAAUAGUCCUCAGUCCACCAGCUAUUGCAAAAAUGACAUAAGCACUGCAAAAUAUAAUUGUUUCACUUUUCUACCGAAAUUUUUUUUGGAGCAGUUUCGUAGAUACGCUAACAUAUUUUUCUUAUUAAUAGCCCUACUCCAACAAAUUCCUGGUGUUUCGCCUACUGGAAGGUUUACAACUGCUGUUCCAUUAUGCAUCAUACUUACUGUUUCAGCCAUCAAGGAAAUGAUCGAGGAUUUUAGGAGACAUCGAGCUGACGACGCUACAAAUAAUGAAAAAACCCUUGUUUUGCGUGAUCACUUGUGGGUCGAUACUCGUUGGAAGGAUCUAGAAGUUGGAGAUCUCGUUAAGGUUUGCAACAAUCAGGGGAUCCCAGCUGAUCUCGUACUUUUUGCAUCUAGCGAACCACAGGCUAUGUGCUAUAUUGAGACCAGUAAUCUAGACGGGGAGACGAACUUAAAACUGCGCCAAGGUUUACCAGUUACAGGUAAUCUCUUAACUGCUGGUGAAUUAGGUGCAUUUGAAGCAGUCGUCGAAUGUGAAUUACCCAAUCGAAAGUUGGAUGAAUUUGUUGGUCUUGUUCGCACUCCAGAUGGAAUAGCAUACCCUUUGAAUCCAACACAGUUGAUUUUACGUGGUGCAUCGUUGAAGAAUACAAAAUGGAUUUUCGGUCUAGUGGUGUACACGGGCAAAGAGUCCAAAGUUAUGCUCAAUUCAACUGCAGCUCCGCUUAAACGAUCAUCAGUUGAACGUCAAACCAAUACUUACAUUCUAGUUCUAUUUGGUGUACUACUAUUUUUGACUCUAUUUACAUUCAUCUCUAAUUUAAUAUGGACUUCGUUGAGUGGGGGUAAUAUGUGGUACUUACAAGAACAUGCGGGCACUAAAACUGCUGUUCGUCGUUUACUGGAUUUUAUCACAUGCCUGAUUUUGUAUAAUACCAUCAUACCAAUCAGUCUUCCUGUUAUGCUUGAAGUUGUGCGAUUCUUUCAAGCAUUGUAUAUCAAUUGGGAUUUAGAUAUGUAUGAUCCUGAGUCGGAUACACCAGCAAUGGCGCGUACUUCUAAUCUAAAUGAAGAAUUGGGUCAAGUUCGUUACUUAUUCUCUGAUAAAACUGGGACAUUAACUCGGAACGUUAUGGAUUUCAAACGAUGUUCGAUAGGUGGCGUGAUGUAUGGAAAUGAUACAGAAGAUUCUAAUGCUUUAGAAGAUCAAAAGUUAAUUGACAAAUUGAAAAGUGGCGAUUCUUUGGUUGAUCAGUUUUUCAAAAUAUUAGCUGUAUGCCAUACUGUUGUACCAGAACGUCAACUAACCAGAAGUAACAGUAAUAAUAAUAAUAAUAAUGCUACGGUAUCUGGUACCAGUGAUAGUAACGCAACUGGGGAACAAUACAUUUCUUAUCAAGCGUCAUCACCAGAUGAAGCAGCUCUGGUCAAAGCUGCGCGCACGCUUGGUUAUGUAUUCACCACCCGGACUCCAACAGAGGUCAUUAUUAAAGUUCAUGGUGUUGAAAAACAAUACACAGUAUUACAUGUGCUGGAGUUCACCAGUUUUCGAAAACGCAUGGGUGUCGUUGUUCGUGAACCAAAUGGACGUAUUUCAGUAAUGGUCAAAGGAGCUGAUACGGUUAUAUUUGAACGACUCGCCAGUACUAGUUUAUACGCUCAAUCCACCAUGGAUCAUUUAGAAAAUUUUGCUAAAACUGGUCUUCGAACCUUGUGCAUUGCUUGGGCUGAAGUCGAUCCACAAUUUUAUGAAAAAUGGGCAACAAGUUUCCAUAAAGCUAGUACAGCACUUUCCGAUCGCGAAGCUAAAUUAGAAAGCGUAGCAAAUGAAAUUGAGCAAAAUCUUCAGCUGCUCGGUGUAACUGCUAUAGAAGAUCGCUUGCAAUCAGGUGUCCCAGAGACAAUUGCCAAUUUAAUGAGAGCUGGAAUUUCUAUAUGGGUUCUUACUGGAGAUAAGCAAGAAACAGCUGUUAAUAUUGGUUAUUCAUGCCAACUGUUAACUCCAUCAAUAACCUUACUUACUAUGAAUUCAAAGUCAUUAGAUGAAACCCGUGAACAAUUAGUCAAUUUAAUUGAGGAUUUCGGCGAUCGAAUUCGUAUGGAAAAUGAUUUCGCCUUAAUAGUUGAUGGCAAAACAUUAGAACAUGCAUUACUAUGUGAAUGCAGAGAUCAAUUUCUCAGCGUGGCAUUAUCUUGUAAAUCAGUAAUUUGUUGCAGAGUUAGUCCUUGGCAAAAAGCUCAGUUAGUGAAGUUAGUUCGGGAAUCUAUAAAAGAUGCAGUCACAUUAGCAAUAGGAGAUGGAGCUAAUGAUGUUGGAAUGAUACAAGCAGCUCAUGUUGGGAUUGGGAUCAGUGGUAUGGAGGGCAGACAAGCAGCUUGUGCAUCAGACUAUGCGAUCGCUCAAUUUCGUUUCUUGAAUAAAUUAUUAUUAGUACACGGUGCAUGGAAUUAUAAUCGGCUGACCAAGCUUAUUCUCUAUUCUUUUUAUAAAAAUGUCUGUCUUUAUUUAAUACAAUUUUGGUUCGCUAUACUGAGCGGAUUUUCUGGUCAAAUUAUAUUUGAACGCUGGAGCAUUGGUUUGUACAAUGUGAUUUUUACUGCAGCCCCUCCAAUGGCACUAGGAUUAUUCGAUAGGAGUUGUAGUGUUAAUAACUGUCUGAAGUAUCCCGAAUUGUACAGAGAUACACAAGCAUCGGUUUCAUUUAAUCCAAAAGUUUUUUCAUGUUGGAUUAUCAAUUCAAUUUAUCACUCAGCACUUCUGUUCUGGAUUCCGUUAGCUGCUUUUUCUACAGAUUCUGUUUAUGGAAAUGGUCAGACUUCAAGUUUGUUGGUUCUUGGUAAUAGUGUAUACACAUAUGUGGUUAUUACAGUCUGUCUAAAGGCUGGUUUGGAGCACACUGCGUGGACAUGGUUAUCUCAUUUGGCGAUUUGGUGCAGUAUUGGUUGUUGGUUCCUGUUUCUUAUUAUCUACCCUCAUUUUUAUCCAUCUCUACCAUUGGGUUCAGAUAUGGUCGGUAUGGAUUCUGCUGUUUAUGGAUGUGGUGUCUUUUGGUUUGGUCUUCUGCUGAUUCCUACAUUUGCACUUACACGUGAUGUCGCUUGGAAAAUGGCUAAACGUGUCACAGCUGGUACACUACGCGAACAAGUUAUGCAAAUGGAACAAAUGCAAGUAGACCCAGGUCGACUGAUUAAAGCCAGUUUUCGUCCAAAAUCGUUGGACCGUUCUGCUUUCCAUCGUAUUAUGCGAAGAAGUGCAGGUUCACAAGCUUUACUCAAUCUGUGUCUCGGUGCUAGUGUACGUACAAGUACAACAUCAACAGCCAUACCAGACCCUCGACAAACAGAUCAUGGUUAUGCCUUUUCUCAAGAAGAGCAUGGUGCAGUUAGUCAAUCUCAAUUGAUUCGUGCUUAUGAUUCAACGCGAAUGAAACCUGAAGGAAGAUGAGAAACCAACCAGGACUAUGGAAAGCAACAGCAGCUGCUGUAACCCACGACCGCGUUUUAUGGAUGAUGCAGUACAGAAUCUUCAGCAUGCACUAUCGCAGGAAUUAACACCACAAAACCUUUAAACAUAGUAAAGGCAUUAAUGACUGAUUGGAAGUAUCACACAGUAUUAUUUACUGGAUUGCACAAUGAUAGUAUGUAAUUCCAAUUUAGUUUAUAUGUUAGAUUUGUCUCACAAUGAAACAGUAUCAUUUGCUGCAUCCAUUAGAAAUACUGUUUCGCUAUAUAAUAUAUUUAAUAAAUCAAGUAAAAUGGAACAAAUUCUAGCCGAAAAUUUAUUUCAUUACAUAAGAUGCGUUUUAAGUAUAGCUGAGUUUUCCAAUAUUACCUGACAACUUGAUAUUGUUGAGUUAUGAAUAAAUGGGGUACUCAGUACCUGAUCAAAUAAACACAGUCAGUUGCUUCCAUGAAUUAAAGAAUCUGUUCACAACCAUGUUCACCAGUUCUACUGGCACCUUUCAAAUUCCUCAGUAACAUAACACAAUGAUUUUCCAAUAGUCAAAAAACUGGAUGUUUGAAGUGAUAAGACUGAAAGCGAAAUUACAAAGAACUUUAUUGUAUAUUACUUUCGAUUUAAUUUUUAUGAAAGCGAAAUUAAGUCCCUCGAUAUUACAGAAUAUUUUUAUUAGUAAUGAAAUGGCUGAAAUCAAUCUAAAGGGAAAUAAAAAUGAAAGAUCCUAUCUUUGUCAAC